UAACUUGUACCAAUCUCCUUCGACAUCGUGUUGUGUAUACUUACCUUAUUUGCUUGGACGAAGAAGACGGGACACUUGGAACAUCUCACCGACCGGAAUUGACUCCGCUUGGAUCUCGACGACGCUCACCCCACGCUUUUGCGCCUUGUACCUGCGCGACGUAGAUUGCAGGGAAUAGUUGUGGACAUUUUUUGGUUGGACGAGAAGAGAACACGAUAUUCGUUUGGAGCGGACGACGAAGAAGAGCUGAGGGUGCGAGUGGUAUUGCUAUCAGAGCAGGAGGGAGGACACAGAAGCCGGGAAUGCUGGAGUGACGAGAAGAGGAGAUCAAGAACAGCAACUCCACUCAGGAGGAGACUGGCAGAGAUACACGAAGAUGCGAGGUCUCACGGGAGCUGUCACUGCGGUGCUGGUCGCGCAGACUUGGGCUGCUCCACCCGUCCAGUAUCCGCUGGUGCAACAUCUAUCAGAAGGCAGCACGACUGGACAACAGUACGAGGUGGAGAAGAAACGACCGCUGCAUGGGAGGUUUCUACAAAUAACAGACUUCCAUCCCGACCGCUUCUAUCAGAUCUACUCCUCCACCGACUCCGACUCCGCCUGCCACCGUGGCCACGGCCCAGCAGGAAUUUACGGCGCCGAGACCUCCGAAUGCGACAGUCCCAUCGCGCUGGUCAACAAAACGAUGGAAUGGGUCGCAAAGGAGUUCAAAGACAAGAUCGACUUCGUGAUCUGGACCGGCGACUCCGCCCGGCACGACAAUGACGAUGCCCUCCCUCGAACUGCCUCUCAAGUCCUCGGUCUGAACACAUUCAUGGUCCAGAAGAUGGCAGAAGUCUUCGGCAAACACAACAACGACGGUGAUGAGGACCGGAAUCCUAACAACGACUUUAUAAUCCCUAUCGUCCCAAACCUAGGAAACAACGAUAUUCUCCCCCACAAUAUCCUCUCCAAAGGUCCUAACCGUUGGACACGCGAGUACUCCAGUCUUUGGCGUCAAUUCAUCCCGGAAUCUCAGGCCCACUCCUUUCAGCAAGGAGGAUGGUUCUACGUCGAAGUCAUCCCGCAUCGCCUGGCGGUCUUCAGCCUCAAUACGCUUUACUUCUUCGAGUCUAAUGCCGCCGCAGACGGCUGUUCCGUGCGUUCCGAGCCGGGAUAUCAACAGAUGGAGUGGUUGCGGAUCCAACUGCAGUUCAUGCGAGAUCGCGGGAUGAAAGCGAUUCUCAUCGGACAUGUGCCACCGGUCAGACAGGAAGCCAAGACGAGCUGGGACGAGACGUGUUGGCAGAAGUAUACUCUGUGGACACGGCAGUUCAGAGAUGUCAUUGUGAGCAGUCACUAUGGGCAUUUCAAUUAUGAUCAUUUCAUGUUACAGGACUUUAAGGAACUGAAGAAGGAUACGAAGAAGGGGAGAAUGAAGGCUGCGGAGGCGAGAGCCCAGGACGACAGCGACGAGGUCUCACCCCUGGUGAAGACGGAUUACUUCAUCCAGCUCCGCGAUCAGUGGUCCUCCCUCCCAUCCCCUCCCACGAAGUCCAAGUCCUCCGAUUUCCUCGACACCCUCUUCGGCAAGAAAAAGAAAGCAAAAAAGGAAUUCCGCCGCGCCGAGAAGAAAUACAUCAAAAAAAUCGGCGGCCCCUACGCCGAACGCUUUUCCGCUUCUUUUGUCUCCGCCAGUGUCGUGCCGAACCUUUUCCCCACGAUGCGGGUUUUCGAGUACAACACCACCGGUCUGGACACGUUGAACACCAUGGCCGCCAUCCCUGCACCUGCACCCUUUGAGUACGACACCAGCGACGUGGAAAUCGAGAGGAAGAAGAAACACAAGAAGAAGAAAUACAAGUUCGUCGUUCCCGAUGGACCGGACGAGGAUGCGGGCCCGGGACCGGCGUAUCUGAUGCAGCCGCUCAGUUUGAUCCGGUAUACGCAAUACUUUGCGAAUUUGACGUUUAUCAAUAACGACUUCUCGAAUCACACCGAUGAGGACGCUGUGGAGGCAGAGAAGUGGCACGAAGGCAAACACAAAGGCAAGAAACCCAGGCAUGAACCGGAUCCGAGGGCGUUUGGAUAUGAGGAAUUUUACGACACGAGGGAUGACGAUGUGUAUCGGUUGGAGGAUUUGACGAUGGGCAAUCUGCUCGAUCUGGCGAGGAGGAUUGGGGAUUUUGUUCCCGAGGAAGAUAUCGACGCUUCGGCGGAACCGAAGUUGGAUGUUCGCGAUGAUGAUGAGGCUGAAGGCGAGGACGAGGGUGAUGAUGAGCUUGACAACGACAGCGAAGAGUCAAGUAGCGGUGGCAAGAAACACAAGAAACACAAGAAGAAGAAGGGGAAGCACGGCAAGAAACACAAGAAGAAGAAGCAUGAUCAUGAAAAGGAGAAUGAGGCGUGGUUUACGUUUAUUCACCGGGCGUAUGUGGCUACGAUGGAGAGGGAGGAGAUUGAGGAG